AUGGACGAUCAUCUAUUUUUCACCGAAUUUGUCGUUGAGCGAUUGGAUAUUAUACAGGUCUGUGAGAAGGCCCAAUUCAUUUUCUACCUCAAUGGCAAGAGAAUUGCAGUCUCGAUAUUCGCAGACCUGGAUGACGGCACCGAUGAUGAGGAGCGCAAGAGUGUCGAGGAACGGAUGAUUGAACUUAUCACUGCCGCAUGGGACCCGUACCUGGACUUUGAUGAUAUUGAAGAUCUCCAACUUUACGAAAGGUCGGUUGACAAGGCCGCCGAGAUGGUAAUGGACAUUGGCCGCGUCCCAUUCUCGCAAAUCGCUCCGCCACUCAAACAACACUAUGAAUACCCGACAGAUCUGCAUCAUAAAUUAUUCCCAGAGACGUUUGACUUUCGUCUCGAGACAAUCCAUGAUACCGCGUUUAUGAUCCCCAUCACAUCGGCACAAGCAGCCUGGCCACGCAACGACGGCGGGCCUGAUCCCAAUUUCAAAACAGACUUUGAGCCUGACCCUCAAUUGCCGAGAUACUCAACAAAGGACAUCACUUUUGUGCACAAAUGCAGAGAAGGCAGAGCUCAACAAGUCCAAAUAGGAUCUGAAACCAUGCUUUGUAAAGCUUUUACUGAUGGACUGGAGUUCGAUUACCUUGCGCCAGAACUCAUAGCGCUUCAAAAGAUUGAGGUAGCAAAUGCGAAUCUUGAAGUCCCGCUUCGCAUCCCGUUGCUGAAAGGCUUCGAGUCGGAUGUCGUCUAUUCCCAGACACCUGUCUUAUCUCUCGCCAUCGAGCACGAAUCUGAUGUCGUGAUUUAUGGCAACACAGUUGCCGCCGUGGCAGCAGCCAUUCAAACAGUUCGAAUGAACAAAACAGCAGCUAUAAUAUUUCGAGGAGAAAGACUCGGUGGUUUGACAACUUCUGGUCUGGGGUGGACUGACUCAAAAGAUGGCAGCACAAUUGGCGGUAUAGCAAGGGAAUUCUACGAAAAAGUCUACGAGUACUACGAUAACGACGAUGCUUGGAAAUAUGAAACAAGAGAUAAUUAUAUCGAUAAACGCAUUCGAGCGCAACCGGGUCCAGCUAUCGGCGACAAGGUUCAGUGGACAUUUGAGCCGCAUGUGGCAGAGAAGAUCUUGGAGCAAUGGAUAAAAGACGAAAAAAUUCCUGUCUUUCGAAAUGAAUCUCUCAUUCGUUCACAAGGCGGCGUCGACAUCGACGGAACAAACAUAAAGUCUUUCAAAACGGAGUCUGGGUCAACUUUCUCAGGCAAGAUGUUUAUCGAUGCAGGAUACGAAGGUGACUUGAUGGAGACGGCGGGAAUCUCAAACCGAGUAGGACGAGAAGAUGAGGAGGAAUUUCACGAAUCUGCUGCCGGUAUCCAAAUGAAUGCUCCCAAUCUUUUGACGACGAUCGAUCCGUACAACGACGAAAAGGACCCCGACAGUGGAUUCAUUCCGGGUGUUGGAAGAGUUAUUACCGAGGUCGCUGCCCAAAGAUCGCGUGGUAAAAAGGACCAUCGCCUUCAAGCUUUCAAUUAUCGACUUUCCUUGACUAAAAAGGAGGACAACAAAAAAGAAUUCUUCAAGCCCAAAGGGUACAACGAGUCACACUACGAGAUCUUGUUUCGUUAUAUCAAAGCAGGUCAUGAAGGUCCUUUCUUCACCACCCAGCUCAUGCCAAACCUCAAGACCGAUACCAACGCCGCAGGUCUUGUCAGUACCGAUCUCAUCGGUGGAAGUUACAACGAAACGUCGAAUUACGCCGAGUACUCUUACAAAGACCGACAAGAGACGGCACAUCGACAUAAAGUCUGGGCACAAGGACUACUUUGGACUUUAGCAAAUCACAAAGAUGUACCAGAGCACAUUCGCACCGAAGUUAGCUUCUGGGGCUAUGCCAAGGACGAGUGGACGGGAAAUGACAACUGGCCAUAUGAGAUUUACAUCCGCGAGGUUCGACGCAUGAACGGCGCUUACACGAUGACCCAGCACGACAUUCAGAACCCCAAAGAGUACAACGAUACCAUCGUAGCAGUGGGCUACUACACUCUCGAUGUACACCAAGUCGAACGUGUUGUAGUUGGGGAUCGAAUUUACGACGAAGGACUUGUACAUGUUCCGAAUCCCGGACCUUUUAGCAUGCCAUACGGCUCAAUUAUCCCGAGAAAGCAAGACGCUAGCAAUUUCCUUAACCCUGUGACAGUCAGCGCUACACACAUCGCCCUGUCAGCGAUUCGGAUGGAGCCAGUUUAUAUGAUCUUGGGGCAAAGUGCGGGGACAGCUGCUGUUUUGGCGAUAGAGGAUAAUGUGAGCGUGCAAGAUGUUGAUAGGAAGAAACUGAAGGAAAGCGGUGCUUACAGAGCCUAG